CUUGAUACGAUGGAUGACAAGAACCCCUCGGCGGUCGACAAAAGUAUAGAAGCAGAGGAGCCGUUCAAGGGGGCAUUCGAGAAGCAGGCAAAGGAUGUUACACAAGAAACUGAGAGCGCAGAAUCCCCGGGCUCCCAAGCGGACAAAGCCGAAUAUGUCAAGGGACAUCCCGUCAUUCGAAAUGGCGCCGACGUCUCCAGGUUCAUCGUGUCCGUAAGAGAUGACGGUGAUCCUGCAUUGACUGUUCGAUCAAUUGUCCUGGGAUCAGCGUUCACUGCGCUUUCGAGCGUCAUCACGAUGCUGUAUAUCUUUAAGCCCACGCAGAUGCAAGUGUCGGCAAUCUUCAUACAGCUCCUGGUAUAUGUGGUUGGCCAGGCGUGGGCUCUGUUUACUCCGCGCCCAGAUAGAUUCAGGUGGAAAUGGCUGCGACGCACCCUCGAGUUCCUGAACUUCGGGCAGCCAUUCGGAAUCAAAGAGCAUGUCGUUGCGUCUCUCAUUGCUUCCUCUGGUAACAACGGCCUUUCCGGAGUGGAGGUGUACGCCGUCGAGCGCCUGUUCUACAAUAUCAGUGUGUCAGCGACGACAGCAGUGCUGGGAACAUUCUCCAUCUCACUCUGUGGCUUUGUGCUUGCUGGAGUUCUCCGGCCGCUGAUUGUCUAUCCGGCUGAAAUGGUCUACUGGUCGACCCUUCCGCAGGUAGUGCUGUACCAGAAUCUCCAUUUCGACCAGCGUGCGAACCGGGGCCGGUUGAUCAAGUUUGGCUGGGCUCUAGGACUUGCUGCCAUUUGGGAGAUCUUCCCUGCGUAUAUUAUGACCUGGCUCGGGGGCUUCUCGAUCUUCUGCCUGGCGUCAAUGGACGCUCCUCAGCAUACCCGGAAGAUCUUUUCGAAAGUGUUUGGGGGAGCCUCGUCUAACGAAGGCCUGGGCCUGUUGAAUUUCGGCUUUGAUUGGCAGUAUAUCCAGAGCAGCUUUCUGUCGUUGCCAUUAAAACAGCAGCUCAACAGCUGGAUCGGCUAUGUGAUCUUUUAUCCGGUGAUGCUGGCCCUCUACUACGGGAAUACAUGGAGCGCAAAGUCCUUCCCAUUCAUGUCGACGUCUCUAUUCAACAGCAACGGCAAACAAUUCUCCACUACGUCCAUCCUCUCGAAUCAAGGCACAAUCGACUACGACAAGCUGAAGCAAGUCGGCAUCCCGCAUCUCACCUCCAGCACUGUCUGGGGCUACCUCACACAAAAUCUCGCCAUCGGCGCCCUAAUCACCCACGUCCUAAUCUUCUAUGGCAAGGACAUGUACACCGCCUGGAAACAGGCGCGCAGCCGGACCCAGCCAGACCCACACUUCCAGGCCAUGCUCAAGUACAAGGAAGUCCCCAUGUGGUGGUACCUCGCCCUAUUCGUCCUCGCCUUCUUCGCCGGCCUUAUCGUAAACAUCAAAGGCGAAACCACCCUCCCUGCAUGGGGCUACAUCGUUUCUCUUCUGCUCGGCGCAUUCAUCGCCCCGUUCUCCUGCAUCCUCUACGGCCUCUACGGCACCGGCGUCGCAACCAACCAGCUCUCGAAAAUGGUCGCUGGCGCAGUCAUCCUGCUUUCUGUCAAUCUCGCCAACUGGCUCAAGGUCGGCCAGUACACCAAGGUCCCGCACCGCAUCAUGUUCGCCACGCAGAUCUACGGCACUUUACUAGGCGCUGGCCUCAACUACGCCGUCAUGACCACCAUCGUCUCCAACCAGCGCGAGAUCCUCCUCGACCCAGCGGGAAACAGCGUCUGGAGCGGGUCAGCCGUGCAAAGUAUGAACUCGCAGGCUAUCACCUGGGCGCUCGCGCGCGACGUCUACGGCGUGAACGGGAGGUAUCUCAUCGUUCCACUCGGCCUGCUUAUCGGCCUUGCCUUGCCCGUCAUGCACUGGGGUCUUAACAGGGUGUUUCCCCGGGUGCGGUCCUGGCCGCUCAAUACAGCUAUCAUCGCCUCAUUCGCCGGGCAGACGUAUUACGGCAUCACUUCGUGGAUCUGGUCGUCCAUUGCGGUGGGGGUGUUCUCGCAGGUAUGGCUUCGGCGGCGGCUGCCGCGCAUUGUGAUUUUUAUUCUGUCGUUUGCGGUGUUUGGGGCCAGUGGGAAGGGGCACCCGUUUCCAACGUGGUGGGGCAAUCCGGCUGGGAAUCCGGAUCAUUGUAUUUAG